GGGUCUACACCCACCCUCAACCCCGUCAAAAACCCUAGUUGAAAUUCUUUCUUUUUUUUCAAUUUACUCCUCCCCCACGCCAACAGCAACCACGGCCAGAACCCCCACGUGAAAUCAAUUCUCUACCUCACAGCAAACCACCAUAGCCUUUCUUCCAACAAACCAAGCACCCACUCGCCAGAAACAACCACAGAAACCGCCGACCCAGCCACCUGAGACAGACGGACAACCUUUCCUCUCUCGGUAAGCCUCUAAACCCUAUUUCCGUCGUUCUCUCUUCACCGCUUGUAACCAAACAGCCCCUCUGUUUUGCCCAGCCACCGUUGACCACAGAGGACGUCGGAGCACCCCCACGCUGCCCAGAAACUACCGGCCAGCCAAAUCCCGUCGGAUCCCUACUAUUCCGGUAAGCCCACUACCGUCCGCCAUCCUUCUCUCUCUCUGUUGCUUUCGGUUUGAAAGUCUCUCUCUCUCUCUCUCUCUCUCUCUCUCUCUCGCACCACCAUGAUCAAAGGGAGCCUCCAGUUGCGCCGCCGUGACUCCGAGCCAACCACCCAGACCCACCGUCGCAGUUCGUUCUUCUUUCUCUAGGUCACAAACUAACAAGUGAGAUUGUGGAAGCAGAGCUAAGAGAUGAUGAUUUCGUGGAUACAGAGCAGGAGUGCCAGGAGUAGAAUAAAUUCCAAAGACUUAGUAUCAAACUGGAAGAGUAAGAGUAUCCAUUGCAUAGGUGUGCUCUUUACAGAUCCAAGCAAUAGUAGGAGCUACACUAGCCAGGCUCUUAAUCAUCCCUCUGGGAGAAUCUUGAAUCAAUAUGUUCACCCUCUAAAAUUUGCGUCUGGUGAAACUUAUUCUGUUCUUCAAUCAAGUAGUCUUCAGCACUGGUUCAAAAACUGGCAAAAACUCAGGGAGCAUAAAUUGACAGCAAGCACUUUUGCUGCAGCUAUUGGGUUUUGGCGUCGCCGAAGGGUUCAGCUGUGGUUAGAGAAAAUUGGGGCAAUUGAGCCAUUUUCUGGAAACCUGGCUACCUGUUGGAACAAUAUUAAAGAAGAGGAAGCACUUGAAAGAUACAAGCUCAUAACCGGUAAUACUGUUUUGUUUCCUGAAUUUCAGGUCUAUGGUGAGAGAAACCCAGAAGAUGAUUGGCUAGCAGGUUCACCAGAUGGAGUAGUUGACAGGCUGGUUUAUGAUUUGCCUUCACGGGGAGUGCUUGAGAUAAAGUGUCCAUUUUUCAAUGGAGAUAUGAGCCAGGCUGUCCCUUGGUCACGAGUCCCUCUUUACUGUAUUCCACAAGCUCAGGGUUUAAUGGAAAUAAUGGACAAGGAUUGGAUGGAUUUCUAUGUUUGGACUCCUAAAGGGAGUAGUCUAUUUCGGCUAUACAGAGAUAUAGAAUACUGGGAUGUGUUGAAAAUGGCACUCUCUGAUUUCUGGUGGAAACAUGUCCAGCCAACCAAGGAGUUGUGCAGUAAAUCUGUAAUCACGAAUCCUCUCACUCAAUUACGUUCACUUAGGCCAGCUCCUAGGCAUGAGUUAUGUAGUUAUAUAGUUUAUGAAAGUAAGCAUGUUGUCGAUAACUCCAAGUUGAUGAUGCGUGAAAUUUAUGGAAUACUCCAAAACUGAUGCACCGAAUGUAUCUAGUUUUGGUCUUUGAACUUC